AUGUCAACACCAGUAGAUUGUUAUUAUAAAUACUAUUCAUUAUCUGGGGAACAACCAAAAGUAAUUGUCUGGAAGGCCAAUGCAGUACAGGAUUCAGAUUUACUUGAAUUACCAAUGGAUCCAAAAGGAUACCGGUAUUCCCAUAUAGUUGUUGAUGUUUCAACUCAGGAUUUGGAUGGAAAUCCGCUCAAAAGUAAAGAUGCUGAAACAGAAUUUGAUAAUUCUUUAGUCCGAAAUUAUUUCAGAAAAGAGGUUAAGGUGCUAAUGAAAUUUGGAUUUCCUGGAAAACAUAGACAGCAAUGCUUUGUUGAAAAAACUAAUCAAGAAAUCCAGAGGCCUAUAUUGAAUCGAAUGACCGCACAAGAAAUGAAAACCGGUAUAACUUCUGUGGAAUGGUCUGAAGAUUAUCCUAUUCUAAUAGAAGCUCUUAGAGAGAAAUGGAAACGAAAUCCUCCUCCUAUUCCAGAAGGCCUUCCUAGAAUUACUGAUAAAGAUGAAUUGCUACAAGAAGGAACACGAGUCAGAGUAAUGUUGUUUGAGCCUAAAUCAGUACUUGGUAAAAAAUUACAUGGUAAAUUCCACACAGGUGAUAUUAGGUGGGAUCCAGAAAUUCGAGUAAUAAAAAAACUUAUGCUAAGCCCAGAACAACCUCCAACAUACCUUGUAAAUGGUCCUCAUGGAAGAUUAGGUGUAUCUCGUUGUGCAUAUACUAGAAAGCAACUUCAAGUAGUUCCAGAUAAUGAAAACCCGCCUCCAGAUUCAGUAAUUCAUGGAAAACAAGAUAAAUUUAUUCCUGAAAAAAUUCUUAAGCAAAGAACUUAUAAAGGUAAAAAACAAUACCUUGUUAAAUGGUGCCGAUAUCCUGAAAAUGAAUCAACUUGGGAACCAGCAAAUAGAUUCAAAGAAGAUGCACCCCAUCUUGUAAAUGAAUUUCUGGAAGUUAGCAGGGCGUAA